GCCACUCAAAUGUAGGCUUGCCCGUGGGAUACGACUUCGAAUCCACUCGUGAAUGAUUCGAACCUGAUUGCUUGAAUAGUUCUGAAUUAUUAGUAAACACAGUAUCCUCUUCAAAGUAUUGAAUGCUUGUUGCGCGUGAGUGAAUACAUAACCUGUAAAGAAAACAUGGAAAAACAACUACACAAAUGCGUAGUUGGGUACUUUUUGCACCUGUCAAAAGCCAAUGAAAAAUGGAACGUUUUAAUGAAAAGCGCCGAACAGCCGUUAAACAAUUUAAAAAAUCAGGAAGAACAACUCAGGAUGGUUUCCGACUGUUCCCUGGUCAAUGCAGAAAUCUUCAGUAUCGAUAGCAACUUGCGUGGGAAACUCAUUUUCAAGAUCAAUGUCUGCAUAGAAGAUGAAAUUGCGUUAAUAUCCGAAAUCUACUCGCAGUUGAACAAUCUUAAUCAGGAAUUGCGAAAUAAGUUCACACUUUUGGAGGCGGCGAGAAGUGAAGUGAAUACAAGCGCUGAUGUUAUGGAAGAACUAGUUUCCGGCUCUCCGUACAGACCUGGCUUGGACUUACUGAUGAAAUGGGCAAUCGAUAGCAUCAAUUACUACAGCGAGUGGUAUAGCUCGAUAAGUACCUCGUUAAGAAGUUUGGACUGCAAGAAUGAGAAAACGAUAGUGAAUUUGAUGAAGGCGUUUGAGCAGCACAAGAAUAAGCAGGCCAAGAUCGAUCAUAUUUUAGGAUUUACCCAAUUCGUGGCCAAGGAAACGCAAUGAAUACUAAUUUGUAUCA